CUGCUAUCGUGAUCAACAAUGACUAGAACAACUGUUGAAGUUUUCUUCCUGCUGCUGAUUUCGAGCAGCUAUGUUCAUGUUUUAAUCCGGAAUCAAUCUAAUUUACGUUAGUUUGAGGAGGGACUACACCUGUCUGACUGCUGACAGUCUGAACACAGCUCGGAAGGUUCAGAUCACUCAACCUUCCCACGAUGAUAUUAAGACCAGGGAUUCGCGUCGUCAGGGGACCGCAGUGGUCAGGGGGAGACAAUGACGGUGGCCCCGGACACCUGGGGACAGUGGUUGCCGUCCAUGAGCGCGGUCCUGGCCACGGCAAGGUGUCGGUGGUGUGGGAUGUGACAGGUGAAGAGAGGAUGCACUGUGCUGGCAGAAACAACAAGUAUGAGCUCCUCAUCUAUGACAACGGACCGGCAGGUGUAUACCAAUCAGCGAGAUGUAGAGCUUGCCAUUCCUCGUGUAUUGGAGGGAUGCGCUGGAAGUGUGCAGAGUGCAUCAACUAUGACCUUUGCACUUCCUGUUACUUUUCUGACUGUCACAGAACAUCACAUGCCUUCCUGCGAUAUACCACAGAAGACAGUACAAUUGUACGUGUGACUCCACGUGCCAGCUCCUUGAAACAAGAGGUGUAUGGGCUGGUAAAGGGAACUGAAGUGGUUCGUGGCCCCCACUGGAAUUCUGGUGAUGAGGACGGAGGACGGGGCAGCAAAGCCAAAAUUGAAGAAUUGGAGGAACAGGCAUCAGGAUGCUUUAGGGGACGUGUAAAAGUCAGAUGGCAGCACAACCCAGAUAAACUGUUUGGGUACAGCAUUGGAGCAGAAGGAAAAGUUCAGGUGGUGGCACUGUCACACACCCGCGGAGGCACCUACUAUCCAGAACACCUUCCUGAGCUUGAUGUAAUCAGCCCAAGCGAGACUCAUCUGCAAUAUGGUGACAAAGUCAUUGUUAAUGUCGACUUAGAAACAUUCCGAAAGCUUCAGAGUGAGCAUUCAACUGGCUGGAACAACAGUAUGCAGCAGUGCGUUGAGGAGGUUGGAACCAUUGUGAAGAUCGUGGAUCCAGAUCUUGCAAGAGUUCAGUAUGAAGAUGCUUAUAGUUGGACAGUUAUUCGUCAUCUUCUGACAAGGUUGAGUUCAUUCAACAAAGGAGACCAUGUCCAAAUCAUUGACAAUUACAACUGUUUCAUGGAACUGCAGGUUGGACAUGGGGGAUGGAAUAAGAAGAUGGAAGAAAUACUGGGGAAGAUCGGAACAAUUGUAGAGAUUGAUUCAGAUGGAGACCUCAAAGUGAACGUAGAAGGGCGGAGAUGGGUGUUGAAUCCUGUCGGCUGCACAUUGCAUUUCCAACCCAGCAUUCCAGUUAAUAAGCCUUCUAUGACAGAAAACACCGAAAGGCCAUUACCAACCCCCACUAUCAUGGAGAAGAUGGAACUAUUCAAACGAGAUUCAUCAAAGUCUGCUGAUGACAUUGAAGAGUUAAUGCAAGCUGCCAGUAGUGGAGAAUUUGAAAAGUUCAAGGCCUUCAUUUUGAAAAACCAGUCUAAGGCUGAUAGUAAAUUAAAAGGCCGCACAGCCCUUCAUGUGGCCUGUAACAAAGGUCGUACAGACAUCAUAAACUUCCUGCUCAACUGUGGGGCAGAUGUGAAUGUUGCUGAUGAUGAUGGGAACACACCUUUGCAUUAUGCUGCUGAUGGAGAGCAAGAUUCUGUGGUGGAGGAACUGUGCAAACGUGGUGCAGACAAGAAUGUCAGAAACACAAGUGGACAGACGCCCCUACAUCUUGCUGUCAUUCAGCAAGAUCUGCAGUGUGUCCGUACACUUUUGAACAAGGGUGCAGAUGUCAACAUCCAGAACAAGGAUGGAGAAACUCCGAUGCACAUUGCUAUUGAUCACAAAGUCACUGCAAUAAUCAAUCAUUUGCUGGACUGUGACUAUUUGGAUGGCAGUAAAGCCAAUAAUGAUGGGUUCAAUAUCAUUCACAAAGCAAUUGCUGGUGGAUUACAAAGUGUUGUGGAAGUGCUGAUAAAAAGGGAUGAGCAGCUGGCCUUGUCUCCUGGAGGACCACAUAACUUCACACCUCUGCACCUGGCUGUCAUUAAUGGAUGGACUGCAAUUGCUGGAUUGCUAGUAAACCAGGUCUUGGUUGACAUUAAUGCUCAAGACCAUGAAGGCCGCACUCCACUUCAUCAUGCAGUUCAUUCCUGCAGCCAGACUGUUAUAGACCUUCUGAUGAGAAGAGGAGCUGAUCCUAACAUUCAAGAUGAAAAUGGCAACACACCAGCACACCUUGUUCAAAUGCCAAGGCUGACCAGUGCAGCUCUGGUGAGCACCGAAGAGACUCUUCAAAAUGAAAUUUUAUGCAAGUUGACAGAGUGUGGUGCAGAUCUUGCCUUACAAAACAAUGAGGGCAAGACGCCACUUAGUCUCUGCAAGGCGCCUGAACUGAAACAGCAGUUGCUGAGAAUCCUUGCUGAAGUCAAAGCUGGACAUAAAGAGGAUGUACCCCCUCACUGGAACCCUAUGCCAGGGACAGAACUCUUUGUGGUGCCAUUAACUAACAGCAAUGCACUGACAGCAGAGGAAUACAAAAAUGUCAGAUACAAGUUCCUGAAAACCAUGGCUAAUGUGGAGAUUAUUUCUAUUAAGCGCAUUCAGAACCGUGCUUUAUGGACCGUAUACAAUGCUGCAAAGCAGACAAUGGAACGAAUAUACGGAAUUGGAGCUGCCAAUGAACGUAUACUCUUUCAUGGAACCUCUGCAAAAGCUGUUGAAGCAAUCCAACAUCAAAAUAUUGACCCUCUUCUAGCUGGCAAAAAAAGCGCAGCUGUUUGGGGGAAGGGAGCUUAUUUUGCUGUUGAGGCCAAAAUCUCUGAUAACUAUUCCACAGCUGAUGACUGGGGUUAUCGCUACAUGUUCAUGGCACGUGUACUUGUUGGGCGUUAUGCAAGGGGAGAAAGGGGUCUCAAGAGACCUCCUCCCUUGGACCGCAGACAGCCUAAUGCUCUUGCAGAUUCGGUUGUUGAUGAUACAGACUCACCAAAUAUUUAUGUUGUUUUUCGUCAUCACCAAAUAUACCCAGAGUUCUUGAUUCAGUACAGGUGAUCUUACAGCACUGAGAGUCAGUUGACUGAAUAUAUUUUUAUGAACAUUGACUGUUUCUAAAUUUGAUAUUGAGCUUUCUCUGAGCCACAAUGCCUAAUUCUGACAUUUCUAUAGUGAUCACCAUGGAAAGUGAGUCCUCAAAUCUCAUGUAAAUAUGUAGACUGGAAUCAUUCAAAUGAAACAUAUGUAGCACUUUAGAAGUGUACUGAGUUAUGUAAUUGUUAGUAGAGAGUCGGCGUCGAACAGCCCAGGACUGUCCCUUUCCCAACCCGUCUGCACACGUAAUAACCGACCUUGAGCUGCCCACCCGCGGCUACUGGGUCAUUGUUACAUCAGCAGUUAUGACGUUGCCGGAGCUGCCACCCGUGGCUACUGGGUCAUUGUUACAUCCGAACAACAUAGCCCAACCCUACACAGCCAAUUUGACGUGCUGGUUACACAUAAAAUUUUCCAUAUCCUGGGAUUAACAUUCUGAUUGUGUCACUGUUUACCUUAUGCUGAAUAGAUUAUUGAUUGGACACUUUAAAAACUUAAAAUUAUUGAUGAACAUUUGUGAGAGAUGUUUGCCAAAACGUAUGACAGUCUAUGAUGUCUUUCAGUUUGUGAUAUCAAACAAGUAUUGAGCUAUUUGAUAUUGAUAGGACUCCAGUUUGUUGCACGUUAUCUUAUUCCUCUUGAUUUUUUUUUUCAUUCUGUCUUGAGACACCAAAUAUAUUGAGCAAAACCUUUAUCCCCACUUCUAACUGAUAAACACUUUGAAAAAUUUCUGUUUAGAAAUUGCUUGCACUCAGAGUCUGAAGUAAAAGUCUGUUAUACCUGCCAGCUAUAUCCUGUAGAUACCGCUGUUAUUUAUUUCAUGAAAAUUUGUAAUUACGAAGUUUUUUAAAUUAUUUUUUGCUUUCCUACACAAGACUGCUAAUUGUUUAUGCUAUGAACCUACCUGAAAUCAAACAUAUUGGGGGAAGAAGGAUAUGAACAAUGAGAUGGCAUGCUCUGUAUUUUCUAUAUAAAUUUGUCUUUAAGAUUUGCAUACCUCAGAUGGGGUAAAAAAAUAAACAUGCUUUUUGCUUGAAA